AUGAAGGGGGCUACACUCAGCGAGCCGACCCUGGCGUUCCUCCGCGACAACAUGAAGUUCACGACAAUGGCCCCCGUCCAGGCUCGCACCAUUCCACUCUUCCUCACCAACUACGACGUGGUUGUGGAGGCCAUCACCGGCAGCGGCAAGACGCUCGCAUACCUUAUCCCAUGCCUGGAGAUGCUGCUGCGACCACGGUGCCGUGAGGUGGCGAAAGAGUGCAAGAAUGCCGUCUUUGCCGUUCUCGUGUUGCCAUCGAGGGAGUUGGCGCAGCAGGUGUUUCAGAUUGUGAAGCGCAUGCUGCACUUUGUGACCAAAGGAUACAAAAAUGGCACCCCAGCGAACGGCCUUCCCGCCUACUCGUACCAGUGCUUCAUCGGCGGGCGUGACAUCCAGCGCGACGUCGAGGAAUUCUGCAAGCAGGGCGGCAACGUACUCGUCGGUACACCAGGCCGCCUCUACGAGCUGCUCGUCUCCUCAAAGUACGCGAGCCUCUUCAACUUUAGUCAGUUCGAGCUUCUCAUUCUUGAUGAGGCCGACAAACUGCUCGAGUUCGGCUUUAGGGCAAAACUGGAUGCGAUCCUGAAGCGGCUGCCGAAGCAGCGCCGCACCGGCUUGUUCAGUGCGACGCAGACAAAAGAGCUGGCGGAGCUGGCGCGGGCGGGAAUGCGCAAUCCGGUGUCCGUCACCGUCCGUAUUAAUUCCCUCAACUCCGCCAACGUUGAUACUGCAAAGCCGCAGAUUCCGGAGCGGCUUUCCAACUUCUAUGCCUUCACGCAGGCAUCGGAGAAGCUGGAUCGCCUCGUUGAGUUCCUGGCGUCGCACAAGGACGAGAAGGUGCUUGUCUACGCCAUGACGUGUGCAAGCGUGGAGUGGCUCUACGAGGCGCUCGCGACGGUGCUGUGGAAAGACGACGCUGACAAUGUCUUUGCUCUCCACGGACAGAUGAAGCUGGAGAAGCGACAGAAGGUGCACCGGCAAGUCACGAAGCGUUCGAGGUGCGUUCUCGUCUGUACCGACGUGGCGUCACGCGGGCUGGAUAUCCCGAAAGUGGGCGUGGUGGUGCAGUACGACCCGCCAGUGGACCCCAACACAUUCAUCCACCGUAUCGGCCGCACAGCGCGCAUGGGACGCAGUGGUGAGAGUGUCGUCUUUCUCAUGCCGCAGGAACUAGAAUACAUCAGCUUCAUGCGGCUGCAGAACGUGCCUCUGGAAGCCCUCGAUGAGGAGCGGGACAGCGUCGACGCCGCCAAGGAUGCGGUGCGUAGCAUGAACGCGCGACGCACGCUGCUGAGCUCCAAGUUGUCGGAUAAGUGUAAGGCGAUUCAUCAAGCGCACCGUGAGAAGCAACUGAGCCGGCGAGAGCGCCGCCAGCAGUUGCACGAGGCGCAUCGAGCGAUGAUGGAGGGAAAGAACCAGCGACUCACGAAAAAGAAGGAGGUGAUGGGAGACAUGUGCGAGAGUCCCUCCAUUCUCGCGCUGCGUCGAGAGGAGUGCCACAACGAGAAGUUGCUGAGCCUCGCCGCCCGCGCCUUCGUGUCGUUCCUGCGGGCCUACAAGGAACACGAGUGUCGUUACAUCUUUCAACUGCAGCUCAUCGACCUCACUGACCUGACGCACGGCUUCGGGCUUUUCAAGAUUCCCAACUGUGGCGAGAUCAAGCGGAUGCGUGUGCUCCGCAUUCCUCUGCAGGAGGAAUUCGCUCCAUUUGUGAAGGAGAUGGCGACUGCGCUGCGGGAGAAGCGGCAGCGUGCCAGCGAGGAGCAGUCCAGCGCGGCAGCGGAUGGCGGCGGCGGCGGCGAUAAAGGCCCAGACGCGAAGAGGCACCGCACGGAGCGCAACGAGAAACUGGAGGCGCUGAAGCUGCUGAAGAUGUCCAAGUCAGAGCGCAGCCGCGCCUGGAAGCAGGCGGAGCUAGACGAGCUGCUCAAGGAUAGCUACUACGUCAAGAUGGAGCGACGCGGCAAGGUAAAGCAGCACGUGGUGGACGAGAAGAUGGGCAUGGACGCAAUUGAGAACUCUUUCAUGAGUUCGCGAGAGCGGAAGGAGGCACAGCUUACCCGCAAGGCCCGCUGA